CCUGUGACCAGUCUCACGGAGUUGGCAGCAAAAUGUGUGGCAUCGUUUAUCCCGUUUGAAUUGGUUGAACAUGUCUUUCCACCCGUUCCAGAGCAAUUACAAUUGCGCAUCGCUUACUGGAGUUUUCCCGACAAUGAAGAGGAUAUACGAUUGUAUUCAUGUUUGGCCAAUAGUUCAGCCGAUGAAUUCCAUCGAGGUGAUCAAUUGUAUCGAACAAGAGCGGUAAAAGACCCACUCCAAAUAGGAUUUCAUUUAUCGGCAACGGUUACUGGCACACAGCCUCGUUCUCAAUUCAAUGUUGCUGUGACAUUUGACAGAAGACGAAUAUCAUCAUGUAACUGCACCUGUUCAUCAACAGCAUAUUGGUGUUCUCAUGUGGUUGCUGUCUGUUUACAUCGUAUUCAUUGUCCACAAGAGGUAUGCUUGAGGGCACCGGUUUCGGAGUCAUUGACACGUUUGCAACGUGAUCAAUUACAAAAGUUCGCUCAAUACUUGAUAAGUGAAUUACCGCAACAGAUCUUACCAACGGCUCAACGUCUUCUCGAUGAGUUAUUAAGUUCACAACCGACAGCAAUAAAUACUGUGUGCGGUGCACCAGAUCCAACGGCAGGCGCAUCGGCAAACGAUCAAACCAAUUGGUAUUUGGAUGAGAAGACAUUACACGAGAAUAUCAAGAAGAUAUUGAUAAAAUUCUGUUUGCCAGCACCGAUGGUUUACAGUGAUGUCAACUAUUUAACGAAUUCAGCACCGCCAGCGGCAACUGAAUGGAGUUCUUUGCUUCGGCCAUUGCGUGGCCGUGAGCCAGAAGGAAUGUGGAAUCUAUUGUCAAUUGUUAGAGAAAUGUAUCGUCGUUGUGAUCGGAAUGCAAUUCGUUUGCUGGAAAUAAUCACCGAAGAGUGCAUGCAAUGUGAUCAAAUCUUGGUGUGGUGGUUCAACACAAAGCUUUCAAUGCUAGUUGGUACCGGUGGUCAUAAUGGCGGAAAACACAGUAAUACUCAUUCAAAUUCGAAUGCAUCGCAGCAUGCAUGUAGUUCAUUGUGUGAUGAGAUUGUGGUAUUGUGGCGUUUGGCAUCGUUAAAUCCGGGCUUGGCGCCCGAAGAACGUGACAUGUUGCACGCUCAAUUCACCACAUGGCACUUGAAAAUUUUGGAUCGUGUUACAAAAUGUCGUGUUCAAAGUUCAUCGUAUAGCAAUAAACAUUCACAACAUAUACGUUCAGAUGCUGAACUGUUUACCGGUUUUAAGCCGGCCAUUGAAGCAUGCUAUUUAGAUUGGGAGGAUUAUCCAAUUUUGGGCAUAACACAUACUCAAGACACAAAUCCAAUGUAUCAUUGUCCGUUCACAUGCUUCAAACAGACCGAAUCGUCGAAGAGUGAAACAACAAAUAGCCAGGUGAACUCAAGCCAAGCAGUUUUGUCAGCAAAUCAAAAGCAUUACACAUACAUGAUAACCGACCAUCAUAAUCAAUUGAAACGCGUCUUUCGACCGUAUCAAUCGAGUAGCAAUGGCAGCAGCAAUAGCAGUAGCGACAGUGUUAAUGUUCGAUUAGCAAAUCUACCGAAUGAACGCGACGAUAAUCGUUCAUCAACGUCGAGCGAAGGUUUUUGUGAGAAUGAAGAUGAUGGUAUUGAUAGCGGUGGUAAUAUUGUAAGUUCGAGUUCAGGCGAUAAUGGAAAGAAGAAAGAACGAAUUUCGAGUAAAAGUAAAGCGAUUAAUAUGAAUACGGUAAAUGUGAAUUCUCGCGGUGAUUGCGAAUCUCCGAUCUCAAGUAAUUCAAGCUCUAACAAUAGCAUUAGGUGUUCCAACUCAAUUAGCGUAACAAAUAAAUUAAAUGCUGGCAUUGAAACAGCCAACGAACAAACAAUUAAUUCUCAAUCCGAUUUAAAUGUACGAUUCGAGCAAUCGCCCAAGAGAUUCACCAACGAUUGUAAGUUGGCCAGUUGCGUAGCACAGCAAAAAUUAACACUUACCAUUUCAUCUGAUGCAGUAGCAAAGAUGGAUGAUAUUGAGAAAAACGACGAUAAAAAUGACAAAUUCAGUAGUAGCGCCCAAUCGACACCAGACGCCGUUGAACGUAAAGAUUCGAAAGCACCAUUCGACGAUGCUGUUCCAUCGACAUCAAAGGCAGCUAUUUACAAAUCGACAACAUCAAAAGAAGUCAAACAAAAGAAACAAAUCGAUGAUGCCGUUCCAUCGACUAGCAAAGGAAGCACAGCUAAAGAACAAUCGAACGACAAUGAAGCCGAUCGAAGGCCAUCGAAAGAUGACAGUUUGUCAAGCUCAGGCAGUCAACAAUCAAUGGACGAAUACAGUAUUUACUGUUAUGACACAUCGAAAGGAUAUCAACAGAAAUUACAAGAGCAAUACGCACUCGAUAAGGCAAAAAUCGAACAAGGAAACAAGGCACAGAUAUUUUCGAACAUCAAACCAACCGAAGAUGCAUGGGACAUUCUAUUUGCACGUGCCGAAGGUUUACAUGCCCAUGGACACGGGAGAGAAGCAUGCACUUUGGCCGUACGUUUAGCCGAAGAAAUGUUGGCCAAUCCACCGAACUUAAUGAUUGAAAUACCACCACCGGUAAAACAACGCAAAGGCAAAAAACAUAUUGUCAAUCCGAUUUCACAUCAAGUUAGUGUUUUGGCAUCGGCAACACUUGCAAAAUGUGCAUUUUUGUGCACCGUUCUAGCUGAAAAUUCGGAACACUAUCAUUUGGCAUUCCGUAUUUGUUUGUAUGCGUUGGAAAUGCAACGGCCACCAGCUAGUACGAAACCGCUUGAAGUGAAACUUGCCAAUCAAGAGGCCGAUUUGUUGGCCCUAUUGAAGCGUAUACCGCUCGGUAUGCAAGAGUUACGUGUUAUACGUGAACGAGCCGAACAACUUAAAGAUGGAACAUUAAGGUCACGCGGCGAAGCAUUGUUACCAAUUAUGUUGGCCAGUUUUAUAUUCGAUGCUCUGGUCAUGCCAUCGGUAUCGGGCAAAGAACGUAUGAAAGUGAUGGCACAUCGAUUACCAACCGAUGAAAAUCUUGGCUUUGAAGCAGCCGUUGCUGCCCUCGGUCUCAAAGCAAACGUUUCAGAGGCGGAACAUCCACUAUUGUGCGAAGGUACACGUCGUCAACGUGGCGAUUUAGCGUUAACAUUACUCUAUUACUACAAAGAUGAACCGCAUCGAAUUGCCAAAAUUAUGGAAAAACUAUUGGACCGAGACAUUCACACUCUCAUAAAAACACCAUUGUUGCCUUCAUAUUAUUCGAACAAUCCACCGGUUCGAACACCAACCGCUGCACAGGCGCGACGUGACGACCAUGAAAUUGCCGCACGUUACGGCGGCAUUAAUGAAUACUAUCAAAAUGAGUAUGGCGUUGGAAAUAGCGGCAGUGCUGGAUCACGACCGCAUAGCAGCACAAGCGCUGAAUUGGACAUUGGAUUAAAUGCACUGACCAUUUCGCAGAAUUAUGCAUCCAAUCCGAUGCCUGGCCAACCAGUUGGCCCAACCAUUACGAAUACCAGUGCUCGCAUGAAAGAUACACGUUAUAAAGGUAAAAGAGCAUAUCCAUCCAUUCCAAAUCAGCCGUCGGAAGCGAGUGCUCAUUUCAUGUUUGAAUUGGCAAAGAAUGUCUUAACCAAGGCUGGGGGAUCGAGUUCAACGCAACUCUUUACGCAAGCAACACCAAAUCAGAAUAUGAUUGGUCCGCAUAAGACAUUGCAUAUGUGCGCAUUCCAAUUGGGCUUGUACGCACUUGGUUUGCAUAAUUGUGUGAGUCCCAACUGGUUGUCGCGAACAUAUUCAUCGCAUGUAUCGUGGAUAUUGGGACAAGCCAUGGAAAUUGGUGCUCCGGCAAUAUCAUUUUUGAUCGACACCUGGGAAGGACAUUUAACGCCACCCGAAGCAGCUAAUACUGCUGAUCGAGCGUCACGUGGAUGGGACAGUAAUAUGGUGUAUCCAUCGGCUGAAUUGGCAUUGUCUGUUUUGCCACACGCAUCAGCACUCAACCCCAAUGAAAUUCAAUCGGCGAUUCUUCAGUGUAAAGAUCAAAGCGAUCAAAUGCUAGAAAGAGCUUGUAUACGCGUUGAAAAUGCGGCUAAAGGUGGCGGAGUCUAUCCAGAAGUACUGUUUCAGGUCGCCCAUUAUUGGUACGAAUUGUAUUUGAAAAAUUCACCGGGUGGCGAACAUGAACACGAUGAUAAUAAUAUGCCACAAAUGGAUCAUAGCAUGCAAUCGUUGAGUUCGUUGAUCGAACAUCAUGAAAUGCCUCUGCAGCAACAUCACUCGGAUCAACCGCAGCCACCACCUCAAGGUGGAUUGCCACCUGGAACAAGCAGUCAAAUGGUCGUAACCCAACCACCGCCACAAUUCCAACAGAGUGUAGCACCGGUUGGUGUACCACAUUAUGUACCAUACAGUUUCCCGAGUUGUCAAGGAAUCUAUCAUCAUCACAAUAUCACUUAUCCACAUAAUCAGAUGCAAAUGUACAUUUCGGCGCCACCGCAAGGUUUUCAAUAUCCACCGCAAACACAUGCAAAUGCCCAACAACCAGCGCCACCAUUCGUUCCCGGUACAACAUAUCAAUCAAUGCCACAUCCGCCAAUGCCACCCCAAGGUUAUGCAAUGCCGUGUGGGCCGAAUGUUCAACCGUUCAUGAUGCCGCAACAGCCUCAUAAUCAACCGCAACCACCUGGCAAUGUUCCGAUGCCACCGAAUAUGCAAUUCUUUGGUCCACCCCCAAAUCAACAGCCACCACAAGGUAUGAAUAUGCCACAAGGGCCACCACCUUUACCAAACAUGAGGAACCAACAACAACCAGCUCCACCACAACCGGGAAUGCAUCAGCCUCCAAACCAACCGAAUCCACACGGGCCACAUCAUGGUCCAAUGAUGUAUUCACCAUAUGUACAGCAGGGUCCGCAUCCGGCACCACCGUUGCAAACGCGUCAACGACAUCCAUUGCAUUAUAAUCAGGCACAGUUGCGCUACCUGAUGGCCGCCUACAAUGUCGGAAUGUUGGCAAUGGAAACGCUGGCCCGUCGUGUGCACGACGAUCGUCCACAAGCAAAAUAUGCACGAAAUCCACCGUAUGGAGAAGAUGUCAAGUGGUUAUUGCAGGUGUCCAAGAAACUGGGAACACAAUACUUACAUCAAUUCUGUGUGUGUGCGGUUAAUUCAAUAGUUAGCCCAUUCGUGUUACACGAUGUCGCAAUCGAAUCGGCACACUAUUUGGCACGAAAUAAUCCAACGCUUGUCAUGCAACACUUGAGAUCCGCAUUGACACCGCUCGUUCAGAAAUGUCAACAAAUGUAUAUUCAGUGCAUUCAUCAAAAGUUAUAUCAUUUGACGCCAUCGGACUACGAAGAUUUCGCAAACAUAAUUUUGGCAGCUAGAGCUGCAUUUCAAAUUACACCUGAAGGAAAUGCUCAGUUCAAAGAUUGGCUACAGUCGAUCCGACGGUCAAAGCAAUGCAAAAAAGAGUUAUGGGCUCAGAUAAAUACCGCCUUGCAAAGCAAUUCCAAAUGACAACGACUUGACUCGAUCAGUUCGGAAACUACAACAUCUGCACCAUCGAUGCAAUUCUCAUUUUAAAGGCGAUAAAUAACACACAGACCCACACUUACACUAUAUAUUCCGCUACAGCUUCACAUCAUCACUGAUAGGGAUACUAUGAAGAAAAAAUAACAAUAUUUUUCUAAUUUGUAAGCUGAUAUGGAAAAUAUCAAAAAUUUUAAUCAAUUUUUUUUUGUCAAAUUAAGCCCAUUGUUUUUGUCAUGUGGCUUGAGCGCGAUCUAUAUAUAUUGAAUUUUUCUUUUGAGAAAAACUAAACAAAUAACCACAGAAAUUCUCGUUUAAUCAUCGUAUUUAUUUCGCAGCACUUUGCGUAAGUGUUUACGGUUUACAUUAAAUUAAUCAUUUCUCAAAAGCGUAUAAAUAAUUGCCGUUAUAGGCUCUUAUCGAUACAUUUAAAAAAAAAAAGAAACAACAUAAACAAAAAUCUAUCUACAUUAUUUCACUUCUCUUCAAUUAUAGUUGGAAGAUAAAAAGAAAAUGGAUUUUUCUCGGAACAACCAGAAAAGUGUUCGUUCUAAUAUUCUUUAAUUUAGACCUAAUUCUUUUUUGUUUAUUUGCAUGAAUCCCAUUUUUCUUUUCAAUUCAUCCGCCUUCAGUUGUAAUCUUAACAAUCUAGAAAAAAAAAAAAGAAAUUGGGUGAAAAUAAUCCAUAUUCAUUUAAAAACAGUUCAACAAAAUUCAAUGCUUUUUUGCAAAUUAUCAAAUUUUGCUCUUCGAAGAAACAAUUAAUGUUACCAAUUUGUUGCUAUUUAUUUAAAUUGUUUAAUUUUUUUCCUGUUUCUCUUCUACUAUCUCUUGCUCUGUAUCUAUCUGUAUCAUUUUAAAUGAUUCAUUUUCGUUUAGCGUAGAACAAAUUCUAUUUUUUUUUCUUCUUCUCAAUUUUCUCUGAUUUACACCACAUCAACAGAAAUGAACUCGAAAUUAUUCACUUUUGCUGACGGAUCUCAAUUUAUUGAUUAAUUAUUGCACAAUAUUACUAUUUUUUUUUUUUCAAAUUAAUAAUGGUUUAGCAUAAAUUCUAGAAAGUUUGAUCGUCUUUACGCAUUAAAAUUACACUCCAAGACUCAAAAUUAGCAAUUUAAUAAUGUAAAGAAAUUGAUUGAGGAGGUAUGAUUCAAGAGCAAUUAUCGUUCGAAGUGUUUAAAUUUUAUUUGAUUUUCUUUCAUUUCUGACAUGUUUUGAUUUCCUGCUCGUUUCAAUGCAAACAUAAAAUUAAGUAGCGUUCUGUCGCGCAUUGUUUAUCUUUUUUUUUUAAAUGCAAACUGGUAUUUUUUGUACUUUUUUGUUAAAGCCUUUUUUUUAGUUAACAGUUCGUUUUUGUCUUCGACUCUUUUUUUUCUUUGUCAAUUUGAGAGCUAUUUACACACUCGGACACAACCUUUUUUA